AUUAAAUCUAAAAUUAUGAGUAAAAAGGACAAAGACUUUACAGGGUAACUUAAAUUUUGGAUAACCUAGAUUUCCAGGAGAUUGCAAUCAAACUUAAUUAAAAGCUUUGAGUGAUUUUCGAAAUAUUGUAAACCAAAUGGGAUUGAGUGAGAAAAUUUAUGAUGACCCAUAUUUAUUGAGAUUUUUAAGGGCUAGAAAAUUUGAUUUAGGUAAAACUUAGCAAAUGUUUAAUGACUUCAUUAAAUGGAGAAAAGAGAAUGAUGUUGAUAAUAUUAUGGUAUUUUUUUAAUUUAUCAAAGACAUAUAUGUUUGAUGAAUUACCAUAAGUAAGAACUCAUUAUCCUCACGGUUAUCAUAAGACUGAUAAAAUGGUACAAUCUAAACUUAUUAAUAAAGGGAAGACCCAUUUAUAUUGAGAGAAUUGGUAUGCUUCAAUUAAACAAAUUGUUUGAAGUAACUACAGAGCAACGUUUAAUCAAAUAUUAUAUCCAAUCCUAUGAAUUAUUGCUUAAAAGAAUCUUUCCUGCAUGUUCUUAAACUAAAGGAACAAAAAUUGAAUAAUCUUUCACAAUCUUAGAUUUGAAGGGUGGAUCAAUGAAAAUGGUUUCUAAAUAGGUUUACAACUUUAUCUAAUUAGCCUCAAAUAUUGGAUAAAACAAUUAUCCAGAAAUCCUUGGAAAGUAAUUAUUUCUGUUAUCCAUUUCAGAAUGUAUAUAGUAAAUGCCCCUAUGAUGUUUACUGGUAUUUGGGCAAUGAUUAAAAUUUGGCUAGAUGAGAAAACAAAAAAUAAAAUAACAAUCUUAGGUUCCUCUUAUAAAGAUGAAUUAUUAAAACAUAUUGAUAUAGACAAUUUGCCUGAUUUUCUUGGAGGUAAUUCUAAAUGUGAAAAUACUGAUGUAUUAUCAUAAAAUAUUGGACCAUGGAAUCCUGAUGGAACUAGGCCUCUCUUUCCGGUAGAGAGUCCUCCUCAAUUAGAGUAUGCUUUCAUAAUUAAAAUUAUUUUAGAGAAGAAUUCUAAUAAUAAUUAUCAUAGACUUAAGAAGAUGAAGAUCAAAAAUAGAAAUUAGAUCUUUUAAAAAAUGCACUUGCUGAUAUGUAAUUCUCUGCUCCUGUUGAAAAACCUCUUCAUAACCCCAAUAAAUAUGAAGUCACAACUUAAAAUAAUCAUAUUGUUAGCGAUACUCCUUUAAAUACAGAAGUGGUAUACAUUUAUAUUUAAUUUAGGGUGAAGAAGAUAAUUAAUUUUCAUAAUUAUAACAAUAAUAAUUAUAUUAAUAGUUGCAACAAGAGUGA